AAGUUGGAGCCAGACCAUCAGCUUCUGUGGCUGCAAACACUUGAGUUUACUCACAUGUGAUCUCGUGAAAGGAAGGGAGGGAGGAAAAAAAGACAAUGACUACCGUGUUACCAUGGCAACACUGAAGAAAGUUCCCCCCUCGCACGCGCAAACACACUCAUCCGUCAAAUAUAACUUGUUCUUGAGGUGUGUGUUGGUGAGUGUGAACACGCCGGGUGUCGGUACAGCGUCAUUCUGGAACCCUGGGAAGACCCUGCCGCCUUUUCCUCUGCCUGCAGACAGUAGAAUAGAUUACAGUCGUCCUGCUCCUCUUUCAUGUGUCUUUGUGUUGUGACGAGACGACCACCUGUGAGUCGGGCCUGUGGUUUUUUUUAUCAGCCCCGACCUGAGUCAUCCACUCUUCUCUCUAUAGGAUCAAAGAAGGGCUACUGAGAAUUCUCCCCCGAGGUUUUUUGACAGGAAACAGCGUCACCUUCAGUCUGCCUGCCCGUGUGACUCCAGGCUCGUAGGAGCGCAGCGUCCCUUUGUCAGUUCCAUCAUGACUUUUCAUGAGUGUCCAUGUAGGAUAGCUGUGCGAAUGGUAUAACAAUCUCAUUGACCCGGUUGCAGGUGUGUAGUUUAGACCUGUGUGUGUGUGUGUGUGUGUGUGUCUCUAACAGGAGGGUGCCAGAAUGGAAACACAGAAAGAGCAGUAAUUAUGGCCUCCCAUGUUCAGCAGAAACAUCAGAGGGAAGUAAUUUGUUGCUCUAUAUUUAAUCAGGGGAGAUAACGAGACUGACUGCAGCUGUCUGGCCUUAUGGGCAGGAGGACAAGCAGGAACAGCAUUUCCUCCGAAACCCAUUAGUCUUUAAUGCAGUCAACCACUGUGUCUUAUUUACACACUUUUCAAAGUCAAAUAUUCAUUAUGACCCUUUUUGAUCAGCAAUUGGCUCAGCCGUUCAUUUUUUUUAUCCUAAUAUUAAUUCUUUCCUUUUCUUCUUUUCCUUUACCAAAUCGUUACUUGCUGUCUUUUAAUCUGUCCCAGGACUGACACUGUACAGAGGCAUGUCCAAGCCUGGGGGGGUCAUUGCGUGAUGUAAGGGACAAAACAAAAAAAAAAAACAGAAAUAACACCAUGCCCUACAAAAACAUUUCGCGACCCUCUCUUCCUCAGAGAAUUUUUCCCCUUUUUUCCUCUCCUCUCCUUCCUUCAUCUAAUCUCUGCCCUCCGCUCCGUCCCUCUCUCAGGGUGCAGGUAGAGUUCUAUGUGAAUGAGAACACGUUCAAGGAGCGCCUCAAGCUGUUCUUCAUCAAAAACCAAAGAUCCAGUCUGCGGGUUCGAAUGUUUAAUUUCGCUCUGAAAGUGCUGAGCUGCCUCCUCUACAUCGUUAGAGUUCUGCUGGACAAUCCGCAAGAGGGGAGACAAGACUGUGUAAGCGGAGAAAACUGCACCAAGCCAAACGCGUCCUCUCGUCCCUGGAGUGAAUUUGAUUGGAAACUGAUCAUCUGGGUGGAUAGACCGCUGCCGCUGUGGGCACUACAGGUGUUUGUGGCUUUCAUCAGUUUUUCAGAAACAAUGUUGCUUGUGUAUUUAAGCUACAAGGGAAACAUUUGGGAACAAGUGUUACGUGUUCCGUUCAUUCUGGAAAUGAUCAGCGCCGUUCCCUUCAUGAUCACUGUGAUUCUGCCUUCCCUCAAAAAUCUCUUUAUCCCUGUGUUCCUUAACUGCUGGCUGGCGAAGCACGCUCUGGAGAACAUGAUUAACGACCUCCACAGGGCCAUUCAGAGAACGCACUCAGCCAUGUUCAACCAGGUGGUGAUCCUCAUCAGCACACUGGUCUGUCUCAUGUUUACAUGCAUCUGCGGAAUUCAGCAUCUGGAGCGGGCGGGCAACAACCUGACCCUGUUCGAUUCGCUCUACUUCUGCGUGGUCACCUUCUCCACGGUAGGCUUUGGAGACGUCACCCCCCAGAUCUGGCCCUCACAGCUCCUGGUGGUCAUCAUGAUCUUUGUGGCGCUCAUCGUGCUUCCUAUCCAGUUUGAGCAGCUGGCCUUUCUGUGGAUGGAGCGACAGAAGUCCGGGGGGAACUACAGCCGCUACAGGGCCCAGACGGAGAAACACGUGGUGCUGUGUGUCAGCUGUCUGAAGAUCGACCUCCUCAUGGACUUCCUCAAUGAGUUCUUCGCUCACCCACGACUACAGGACUACUACGUGGUGAUCUUGUGUCCGGCAGAGAUGGACGUCCAGGUUAGGAGGAUCCUUCAUGUCCCACUGUGGGCCCAGAGAGUCAUUUACCUUCAGGGGUCGGCCCUCAAGGACCAGGACUUGAUGAGGGCCAAGAUGGACGAUGCUGAGGCCUGCUUCAUCCUCAGUAACCGGUUUGAAGUGGACCGCAUCGCUGCUGAUCACCAGACUAUCCUCCGAGCCUGGGCGGUGAAAGACUUCGCACCAAAUUGCCCCCUGUAUGUGCAGAUCCUCAAACCCGAGAACAAGUUCCACGUCAAAUUUGCAGAUCAUGUGGUGUGUGAAGAGGAGUUUAAGUAUGCCAUGCUGGCGCUAAACUGCGUGUGCCCUGGCACCUCAACGCUCAUCACUUUGUUGAUUCAUUCCUCCAGAGGACAAACAACUCCUCAAGAGGGCUUCAAGCAGCGCGUCGGUGCCUUUCAAGCCCUCAACAGGGAGGCGGGGGCUUGUUCAGCGGACCAAUGGCACCGCACCUACCGUCGCUGCUCUGGCAACGAGGUGCAUCACAUCCGACUGGAGGAGAGUAAAUUCUUCGGAGAAUACCAGGGCAAGAGUUUCACCUUUGCUUCCUUUCAUGCACAUAAAAAGUUCGGUGUGUGUUUAAUAGGAGUUCGCAGACUAGACACCACCAACAUCCUGCUCAACCCCGGGCCCUGCCACAUCAUGGGGGCCUCGGACACCUGCUUCUACAUCAACCUCUCCAAAGAGGAGAACUCUGCGUUUGUCAGGGGCCAAAGAGAGCCAUCGUGGGGCAGCUCGGGAGGAAAUGCCAGGGGAGUUCACCAAACCAUCUACCAUGGCCUCACCCGCCUCCCUGUGCACAGCAUCAUCGCCAGCAUGGGCACAGUGGCCAUGGACCUGCAGGACUCCAGUGACAGCAGCCCAGAGGGACAGGAUGCAGGCAGUACAGGGCUGGGCAGUGGAAGAGGAAGCAGGAGCAGCUCCAGGACAGAGAUGAGCGGCGCCAACACCCUGGCACUGCCCGCCAUGGGGGACUCCGCCGAGGAGAGACGGCACAGCAUCGCCCCCGUACUGGAGCUGAUGGACGGAGUUACCCCCCCCACGUUUGACCUGCUGGGAGAUCAGUCAGAGGACGAGGGAGGGGAAGAGGACAAGGAGGACAGCGACAAAGACGAGAGCGCCCACUGGUGGGGCCGACACUGCGAGUGGGUCAAAGGUUACCCGCUGAACUCCCCCUACAUCGGCAGCUCCCCUGCACUCUGCCACCUCCUCCAAGAAAAGAUGCCUUUUUGCUGCUUGCGUAUGGAUAAGCCCUGUCACCACAUGCCUUUUGAGGACGCUCGCUCCUACGGCUUCAAAAACAAAUUGAUCAUUGUAUCUGCGGAGAGUGCCGGCAAUGGUCUCUACAACUUCAUUGUGCCUCUGCGGGCCUACUACAGACCCAGGAAGGAGCUGAACCCCAUCGUUCUGCUGCUGGAGAGCAUACCUGAAGCAGACUUCUUGGAGGCAAUCUGUUGGUUCCCCAUGGUGUUCUACACAGUGGGCUCCAUCGACAAUCUGGACAGUUUGCUUCGCUGUGGAGUUACUUUCGCCAACACCAUGGUGGUGGUGGACAAGGAGAGCUCCAUGAUCGCAGAGGAGGACUACAUGGCUGACGCCAAGACCAUCGUCAACGUACAGACCCUCUUCAGACUGUUUCCAGCUCUGAGCAUCAUCACAGAGCUCACACACCCGGCCAACAUGCGCUUCAUGCAGUUCAAGGUCAAAGACCACUACUCUCUGGCCUUGUCUAAACUAGAAAAGAAGGAAAGAGAGAAGGGCUCCAACCUGGUCUUCAUGUUCCGACUGCCCUUUGCUGCAGGGAAGGUUUUCAGUGUUAGCAUGCUGGACACUCUUCUCUACCAGUCAUUCGUGAAGGACUACAUGAUCUCCAUCACCAGACUGCUGCUGGGAUUGGACUCCAUGCCUGGCUCAGGUUUCCUCUGUGCAAUGAGAAUCACUGAGGACGACCUGUGGAUUCGCACCUACGGCAGGCUCUACCAGAAACUGUGCUCCUCCACUGGAGACAUUCCCAUAGGCAUCUACAGAACUGAGGCCCACAAGCUCCCAGUGUCUGAGUCCCAGGUGUCUAUCACUGUGGAGGACUACGAAGACACCAGAGAACCCAGAGAACCCCUGCUGUCCAGGAGCGGCGCACACCGCAACUCCACCUCCUCAGAGCCCAUCUCCACCUCCUCCCACUCCUCCGACCACCCGCUGCUCCGCAGGAAGAGCAUGCAGUGGGCACGUCGGCUGAGCAGGAAGGGCGGCCGGAGCUCCAGCGGGGCCAAGGGAGGAGCGGGCAGUGCUGCAGAGAGGAUCAGUCAGCAGAGGCUGACCCUGUUCAGGCGAUCAGAGAGGCAGGAACUCAACGCCCUGGUGCGAACACGCAUGAAACAUCUGGGCCUUUCACCAACUGGAUUCAAUGGGAUGACAGACCAAGGCAACAGACUCUCGUACAUCCUCAUCAAUCCCUCUCCAGACACCAGACUAGAGCUCCAUGAUGUUGUGUAUCUGAUCCGACCAGAUCCCCUCUCCCUGGUGCCCAAUCAGGGUAGCAGCAGGAAGUGCAGCGCUGGCCUCUCAGAGAGCCACAGGUUUGACACCACAGACAGCACCCAUCUGUGAGGGACAAAGACACUGACAGACAGACAGUGUCGUCAAACCACUGAUCCAGAUGGAGAGGGAACAGCAACAGACACUUGAGGAUGGAGAGGAAAUCAAGAACUGAUCAGAUGGAGUGGGAUGCAGCGUCUCAUCCUCUCCACCUUCAGUCCUGAUUGGACACCGAGGUGUCAGACAUGCAUGGACCUUUUCUCUUCUACGAUGAAUGGAAUGUUUUAUUUAUGCACCUAUUUUCAGAGCAUAGACCUGCGGGACACAGAAGUGCAUUUAAAGAAAAACUUAUAACUGCGUAUGUGCAUGUUUGUUCUGCAUCGUGUGUAUGCGUGAGUGUGUGUUUGUAAAGGAAUGCCAGUGAAAGUAAAUGCGUGGAUCUAGAGCAAGACACUGCCAGUUCUGUCGGGACACCCAAAGUGAUCUGCUGCCAAGUGGAAGUUGAGGGACGUUUUUAACCCUUCUGUUUGUCCUUCUCUCUGUCGUAGCCGUUUCUCCUAAUGUUGUUUAACGUACCUGAAACUGAACCUGUUCUGUUUUGACUUUUUUCCGAGGCCGGGGUCUACGUGAAGCCUCUCUGAAACUUUGUACCCUGUCACUCACACUGAAAAUGAGCUCCGUCAUGUAACGCUCACCAGCAGCAAAUAAACCCAAAGAGCAGCAGUCUCAAUGAUCAACACUCGGUCCGCGGACAAUUUUCCUUCCACUUCUAUGUUUCUGUGGAUCACUGUGAGUCGUCCAUCCAUGCUGUUGUUAAUGACAUGCAUGUUGGAGAGGCCGACAACUACAAUAAGCCAUGACUUAAUGUGUACAGUUAACAUCAUAUUAGGUGUGGCCACAAGCCCCUCCCCCUGAAAAACAAUGUGCUCUACUGGAUAUCACUUCAUACUUUGGUUCAACAAAAGAGAAAGAGAGAGAAUUAUAUAAUAGAAUAUAUAAUAUUAGAUUUAAGAAUAUGUAUAUGUAUAUGUGUAAAGAACGUCUAUGUUAGUAACAGUAAAUAUAACAAGGCCAGAAAGUUGCUAUAAAUAAUACAAUGAUUUUAAACCCAGUGAAAAGGACUCUUCAUAAAAACCAGAAGUUCAGUCUAAAUCACAUGAAUGAAUCACACAGUACAGUACAAGCUCUACAGUUAAUAUUUGCAGUACUGUAGUGAUUGCACAUAAUCAUAUACCGUAUACUGCAUUCACGUCAACAAGAAAUCCCUAACAGUAGAUAUGUGUAGUAUUUAUUUUUGUCCUUCAGUUUUAACUGUACUCUAACAAUCAGCCAUAUUUGGUUUUCCUCUAAGCCACUAACAGUCAGACUAUUGGUCUGGUUUCCACUUUCUGCCAAAUGUAAACUCAAUCCAAGCUGCUCUGGUCGACCUUUAACAAACUUUAAGCUAAAUUUCAGGCAAUUCUCAGAAGUCUUUGUUUAGCAAUGGAGAUGUAGGUGGAAACAUGUUCUUAAUGUUGCUGAAAGCUCCCCUUCAUUGAUAAUACACCAGUAAUGUUUCACCAUCAUUAGCCUCUGCUUUUUAACGGCCGCUGACAUUUUGGAUGUUUGUUGUAGCAACAUUUCUGUUAACAGAUGAGAAUGAAUGUUAAUGACAUCUGCUGACAAGUGUUUGUGUUUUUUAUAACAUAAAUAUACAUUAGGACCAAUUAAAAGCUCGUCAUUCCAGAUAAUCGUUUCUUAAUUUCUGUUUGUUGGUUUGAGCAGUUGCCAUGUCUAAUCCCUUCAGUCAUCGUACUUAAACCUUAAAGUACAGGCGACGAUGUCUUCUGUGUACUUGAACAUAGUCACACUCCCUGGUUAGGAUGUGAUUUUGUUUGUCUGUUGUAGUAGUCGUCAAUAGUUUACAGUUGCUGUGGUAAAGCUACAGUAGGUUGUGGGUCCGAUUUUCACUUCCACGCUUCCUGAUAAAACACACUGAUUGUCAUUAGUCCAAACAAAUAUUCCUCAGAAAGCUUCAACUCGUAAAUAUAUAUAUACCAAAAUAGCUAUGAGCUAGCUCAAAGUUAGCUAGCUAGGAAGAAACAGCUCUAAUAAGCUAUGUAAGAAAUAAUGAAAAGCCAGGAAGAAAUAUCCAAACUUAUACCUAAAAUAAAUCCUCUAACUCAACCAUAUUGUAUACAAGCAAAAGCACAUGUUUAAUGGUAACUUGAAGCUAAUCUGUGACUCUAUUUUCUUUUUUUUUUAUCACAA